AUGAAAAAUCGCGUUCUUUCUCCCGGUGAGAGCGUCCUAUACAACCAAGACCUCUUAACCAUUAUUUGCGAUGACUUAUGGACUCCCCCUGUCCAAAAAUUACAUCCAGCUGGAACCCAUAUCCAUCCUCUGGUUGCAUUGGCUUCCACCUGCUCUGCGGUAUCCGAGAUGGCGCUCAACCGUCUCUGGGAGUAUAUCGAUGGUCUCAAUCCUUUAUUUGAUGUUUUUAAAUACUCCUCAUAUGCAGGUACUGCCGAUCCGCCUGGGAUCUACCGGGUGAUUCCGGAAAAACGACCCAAGAAGAGUGGGAGAGUUCACCCGACCACAUACCUUCGUAUCGUGGCGCAGUUCCCGAAUGUACCAAUAUUCCCCAACCUCAACAGCAUCACAGUGGACGAAUCUAUUGCCGCAGAACCUCGCAUUUUAUUCCUGCUACCUAGCCCCAAGUUGCAAAAGGUCGAACUCUCUGUAGGGCUUGACGCAGACAACCCCACCGUGUUUACCGCAGUGAACGCCGCCAUUACAGGGCGAAAAACAUUCAUCGUCUCCUGUCCAACCAUAGCGACAAUGAGUCAUCCCGUUGAUGUGACAGCUCCAUGCGAUGCUGCCCUCUUUACUGGCAAGAGCCUGCGUUUGAAAAUUCUAAAUUAUAGGGUCGUAGAUGCCUUCCUUGAAGAACUGUCAUCCUCCGAGUCCCUCGAGCACCUCCAAAUCACCUUCUCUCCCUGGUGGCGCAAGGACAUACGAGCUGGGUUUCGUUCCUUGAAAUCCUUUCACGUCACUGGCCCGGUAGCAUCAAUGAACCGCGUCCUCAGACUCAUCGUACCGGGCAAACUAGAGUCCUUCACCCUCAUCGACAACACCUCCGGCCAAGGCUACCAGUCCACUUCUCAGGCCAUGCGUGUUUUCCACCGCGAUCUUCUCGCCCGCUUCGGUUCGAGUAUGCGCGAGCUGUCGUUGACAUAUCCUAGUUGGUCUAUUGAACGGGUUGACUGGAAUAUCUCUCAAGAGGUCUUUGAGCCUUUUUUUGGGCUAACGUCGCUCAAAAAGCUUCAUUACACUGGUGAAAUUGCGUUGGAUCGGGAUUUAUUCCACGAGAGGCUCGUUACAGCAUGGCCAGAUAUUGAAAUGCUCAACAUCCCUCGCAUUGUGGGGCCGGCUCUCCCGUUCGAUGUGUUACCCGUGAUAGCCUUGAAUUUCCCCAGACUGACACAUCUCACUCUGCCUGUUUCGUUUCCCGAGAGUUAUGUGGCGCCGCAUGAUCAGAUUCUCCAGCACGGGUUGCGCACACUCGCAUCGCCUGAUGCCUCAGUCGGGCGACAUGCAUGUGUUGCUAGAUACCUGGAUCGUAUCUUCCCGUUCCUUACGAGGGUAGAAGGUGGUGAAGGAUGGGAUCAAGUUGAGCGGAUCAUCUUGGAUGCCUGCCAACCGAUUAGACGUGAUCAUCAGGGUAGACAAGGAGGAGUUUCCAGCUGA